AUGCGGCGUUUUAUUCCGGCUUGGUUUAAAAAAUUUCCUGAUUGGUUAGAAUAUAGCAUUACAAAAGAUGCCACUUUUUGUCUUUAUUGCUAUCUUUUCAAGCCGGAUAUUGGCGAUCAAGCGGGAGGUGAAUCUUUUGUUGGUAAUGGCUUUUCAAAUUGGAAAAAGAAACGUAGACUACGUACUCAUGUGGGGGGCCACAACAGUGCGCAUACUCAAGCUUGGAGAAAAUGUGAAGAUUUGUUAAACCAAAAGCAACAUAUUGAGACUAUAGUUUUGAAGCAAUCAGAACAAGCUCGGAUUGAUUAUCGUACACAGUUGAAUGCAUCAAUUGAUUGUGCUCGAUUUCUUCUAAAUCAAGGACUUGCAUUUUGUGGACAUGACGAGUCUGAAUUUUCACGUAAUCAAGAUGUUAAAGCUAUUGUAUUGGCCAAUGCUCCACAAAAUAAUAAGUUGACUUCUCCUGAGAUCCAAAAAGACAUUGUGUGUGUGGUUGCACGUGAAGCUGUUAAUGUGAUUGUUAGAGAUGUUGGUGAUGCACUUUUUGCUAUUUUGGUUGAUGAAGCCCGUGACAAUUCAAUCAAGGAGCAAAUGGCACUUGCAAUUCGGUAUGUUGAUAAGAAGGGUCAUGUGAUUGAGCGCUUUUUAGGUGUUGAACAUGUUCCAAAUACUAGUGCUAUGUCGCUCAAGAAAGCUGUGGGUAAUUUAUUUUGUAGACUUGGAUUGAGUAUUGGAAGAUUGAGGGGGCAAGGUUAUGAUGGUGCUAGUAAUAUGCAAGGUGAGAUAAAUGGUCUCAAAGCACUCAUACUAAAAGAAAAUUCUUCUGCACAUUAUGUUCAUUGUUUUGCACACCAAUUACAAUUAGCUCUUGUAGCUGUGGCGAAGAAAGAUGACCGUAUUGGAUAUCUCUUUCAGUUAGUCUCUAAAGUUGGGACCGUUGUAGGAGCAUCAUGCAAGCGGCGAGACAUUCUUAGGGAAAAUGAAGUGGAAAGAGUUCUUAAAGCACUUAAUCUUGGAGAGAUUGAAAGUGGGCGAGGGUUGAACCAAGAAACUAGUCUCAAGCGGCCUGGGGAUACACGUAGGAGCUCUCAUUAUAGUUCUUUGGUUAGGUUAAUGGGUAUGUUUGCAUCGGUGAUUGGUGUGCUUGAAAUAGUCGAGGAGGAUGGUACAUACUUGGAACAAAGAUUAGAAGCAACUUCUUUAUUGGAGUCAAUGCAAUCCUUUGAAUUUAUCUUGUAUCUUCAUUUGAUGAGAACAAUAUUGGAAAUUACAAAUGACUUAUCGCAAGCACUCCAAAGGAAAGAUCAAGAUAUUGUUAAUGCUAUGGCUCUACUUCAAUUGUUGAAAGGGCGGCUCCAAACAAUGAGGGAGAGUGGGUGGAUCACUCUAUUGAAUGUUACAUCAUCUUUUUGUGAAAAACAUGAAAUAGUUGUUCCCAAUAUGGAUGAUUUGUUUGUACCUCGAGGGGGAAAGAGGCGCAAAGCUCAUAAGGUGACAAACUUACAUCAUUUCCGUUUUGAGAUAUUCAACUCCGUUAUUGAUUUGCAAGCUAUUGAACUUGAUGCUCGUUUCCUUGAAUCGACUACGGAGUUGCUUCUAUGUGUGGCAUGUCUAAAUCCAUCUAACUUGUUCUCUUCUUUUGAAAAGGAAAAAUUGAUCCAUAUGGCUGAAUUGUAUCCGCAAGAUUUUUCCUCUAUGGACCUCAUGAUACUUGAUGAUCAACUUGAUAAUUACAUUGAUGAUAUGCGCACUACCAUUGAGUUUUCAAGCUUGCAUGGAAUUAGUGAUCUUGCACAGAAAAUGGCGGAGAUUGGAAGACACCGAGCUUAUCCAUUGGUCUAUUUGCUUUUAGUUUUGGCUUUAACUUUACCAAUUGUGACUGCUACAGUUGAGAGGGCAUUUUCGGCUAUGAAUUAUGUGAAGAAUCAAUGGCGCAACCGAAUGGGUGAUGAAUGGACAAGUGGUGUUUUUGUUAUGCCCCCAGAGGUCUUCAUUCCUGGCUACGCCACUGCAAAGGAGUCUUUGCCAGCUUAUCUUCUUCCUGUUGAUGCUACUACUACUAUAACUUUGCAGAGUAUUAUGGUAAAUUGUUUCUUCUCUAGUCUAACAAUAUGA